CUGGGAAUAGAGAAGAUUUACCUUGUUUUGGCUGGAUUUCAUAUCGCAAAACUCUUAGCAAUGAGACUAAAGCUAAAGUUAGAAUAUUACAGAGUUUGGGACUUCGCAUAUGUCAAUAUCAAGAAGUUGAAGGUAGUUUAGCUAUAAGUGAUUGGGAUGUUAUUAUUGUUCAGGUUGAAAGCACACAUCGUAUUGAGCUUCACAGAAGGCGUCUAUAUGUAAUUAUUUUAGAUGAAGUCAAUGCGAUUAUGCGCCAAAUGUCCAGUGGAACUCAUGCACGAGAAUCUGAAAAUGCUUUGCGAGAUUUGUUAAAGUCAGCUAUUCAUGUUCUUUAUGAUCCAGACAAAGGUUCAGAGGCUAUGAGAAGAGGUCUUAAGAUACUUCGAGAAGGGAUUAGUAAUAUUAAAACAGGAGUAUAUGUCGAAGCUUUUACACAGAUGCUUUACCGAAUUCAGGAUUGUCCACAAUGCAUAAUUUUUUUAUAUAAUAGUAAAAAGUCCUUUGAAAUAUUCCAAGAGCCAAAUCAUAAUCUAAUUCGUGUAGGACUUUUUGCUUUAAGACCUAUUGAUUUACCGACAGCAGUAAAAGGACAUCGGGAAUGGGAUAAAAUUGCUGAUUGUUAUGCUCUUGAUGCAUCUUUAGCAGUUGAAACAUAUAUUGAGGCUGAAUAUCAGAGACGCUUAUCAGCUAAGUACUUUCCCGAAAUUCUCUGCAGUCUUGUUUCUAGUACAGGAGCUUCACUUGAGAUUAUUUCUGCAGAAGGUACCAUAGCUAAUAGGAAAAUAGUUUUUAAUAUUAUUAAGGCAAUUGAAGAAAAUAUCAAAG